UAUAAACGCUGGGUAUUGUCUAACUCAGUGGCAGGUAGUAGUAAUGUGGCCGUGCGUGUGAUAUACUGGAGARUUACAGUUUAUAUCGGUUUAGUGUGUCGUAAUUGACAUUAAAACAUGUAAUUGCAGGUGUCAGUCUCUCCUAGUGGUGAAUUUAAAGUAGUCGACGAAGAUAAAUAGUGACGUUCGAAGUUUCCCCACGGAUGAAACGGGCGCUAGCGCUAGGCUGGGAAAACGGCAGUGUUUAUCAGCAUCGGAGAGACGUCUUCUGGACCUGUGGAAGAUGACCAGUAAUUUGGUCUGCCUUGUGUGGAUGAACAGGAGCUCGGUGUUGACAUUUUUAMGAUGUUUAGGUUAACUGUUGAACGCAAACCUGCUCGCUAAUGUUAGUUAGCUUAAUGGUCCCUAUAAUUUGUCUGCAUUUUAGCAAAGCGGUGACCCACUGAGCUCAUGUUAUUGUUAGUAUGUUUGCKCAGAGCUGCCAUGGUAUGCAGCCAUGACGCUAGGUGUAGCCGCAGGGUUAUGUCACGGUCAGGCUAACGCAGUGUUCUGCAGCUGAUCCAGGCUUCGCAGAGCUAUGUCUCCCCGGCUUCCCAUCAUGUAGACAAUCCACCGGGACAAGUCAGGUGACCGGGCACAGAGCUAGUUAGUGAGCAGUCGUUCAAUUGGGUCACAGACAACUGGCACUGACACCGUUAAGCUAAGGAUUGAUGCUACCCUUAAUCAACGCCGUCUGAUCGGUAGUGAUACUACAAACGUUCCAGGCUUCUCGCGGGACACUUGAAUGCAUCAUCUCCGGCCUCCAGCUCCUUUUUUUACCUUGUGGGAAGAACAGAGGAACCUGACAUGAAAUAACUGGAACUAAAGCAGCAUCAGCUCAGAGCGGAUCUGUCCCCCUCUGAACAGGACAGCAGGGUUUUGAGGCAUCUGAGCUGAUCUACUUUCCCCCUCUCUAUGGAGACUGUGGGAGAUUUUGAGUACAGCAGGAAGGACUUGGUAGGACAUGGAGCGUUCGCAGUGGUGUUCAAGGGAAGACACCGAAAGAAAACAGAGUGGGAAGUGGCCAUUAAGAGCAUCAAUAAGAAGAACCUCUCAAAGUCCCAGAUCCUGCUUGGCAAGGAGAUCAAAAUCCUGAAGGAACUGCAACAUGAAAACAUUGUGGCUCUUUAUGAUGUUCAGGAAACUCCCAGCUCUGUGUUCUUGGUCAUGGAGUACUGCAAUGGAGGUGAUCUUGCUGACUAUCUGCAAGCUAAAGGGACUCUGAGAGAGGACACACUGAGGGUUUUCCUCCAGCAGAUUGCUGCUGCCAUGCGCAUCCUUCACAGCAAAGGAGUCAUCCACCGUGACCUGAAACCCCAGAACAUCCUGCUGUCAUACCUGGGCCGCAAGAAGUCCAACAUUAGUGGCAUCCGCAUCAAAAUUGCCGACUUUGGUUUUGCACGAUACCUCCAGAGCAACAUGAUGGCAGCCACACUCUGUGGCUCACCAAUGUACAUGGCCCCAGAGGUCAUCAUGUCCCAGAACUAUGAUGCCAAGGCUGACCUGUGGAGCAUCGGAACGGUCAUCUAUCAGUGUCUGGCUGGCAAGCCACCAUUCCAGGCUAAUAGUCCACAGGAUUUGAGGAUGUUUUAUGAGAAGAAUAAGAGUCUACAACCUAUAAUCCCCAGGGAGACAUCUCCUCAACUUGGUGACCUUUUGCUUGGGUUGCUGCAGAGGAAUCAGAAAGACAGGAUGGACUUUGACACAUUUUUCAACCAUCCUUUCUUGGAACCUUCAUCCACCAUCAAAAAAUCGUGUCCAGUACCCGUCCCCAGCGUCAACAACGCAGUGACAGAAGGACCCUGUGGCUCCUCCCCCUCUAUCCGCUACAGCUCUCCACCUUCUCUUCCAGAUAUGCAGACUUUGGUUGAGGAUGGUUUGUCAUCACCUCCACUUGGUCCCCCCAACUUCCUGCAGCUGUCCAAGGAGUCUGUAGGAAGCACCAGCAGCAAAAACUCUUCCUGCGACACUGACGAUUUUGUUCUGGUACCUCACAUCUCCACUGACAGCUAUGACCACCCAGUAGGAGCCGGUCACCGACCGUCCAAUGACUUUCUUAUGUGUGCAGGGCAGCCUCAGCCCACCCCAGGACAGACCACCAUGCUGUCACCGCGGGCAGAGACCACGCCUAUUCCUGUCCCUACCCAGGUGCGGAACUACCAGCGGAUCAAGCAGAACCUGUCCAGCAGCCCGAGUCCCACUCUCUACAUCUCCCCCAGGUCAGGAACAGUAAGGCGCUCCAACACAAGUCCUAUGGGCUUUCCAAAGGUGGGCUCGGGGUCUCCCAGUUCAGCGGACACCCCUCAGACGGCGGGCCGGCGCCUCUCUACUGGGAGCUCUCGGCCUUACUCCCCAUCACCUCUAGUGGGUACCAUCCCUGAACAGCUCGGCCACUGCUGCUGCCACCUGCAGAACCAGGAGCCUCGCAGCCGCAGCUCUUCAGGAGGUUCUCCAGUUCCCUCCUCUCAGCUGCUAGGAGCACGUCUCCAAAGCGCCCCGACGCUGACUGACUUCUACCAGACCAGGCAGAAGCUCCAUAAGCAGCUGUCGGACCCCGUGCAGCCUUCCUCUUGCUCCUCCUCAUCCUCUUGCAGUCAUUCCCCCCAGCUUUGCCGUCCAGCCAAUCUUGGCUCUUCCCCCACCAAAUUGUUGGGGUCUUCGCCACGCACAUCUGACUGGCUUCAAAAGUCCCCAUUGCCCACCAUCAUUGGUUCCCCCACUAAGACAAUUUCUGCACCAUUCAAGAUCCCCAAAACGCAGGCGUCCUGUAACCUGAUGGCRCUGGCAGACAGUCCGCUUCCUAGCAGGACACUGGCAGACUGUCAGGACGUCUGCAUCCACCACUGCAGCCCAUACCUGACAGGGCGGGCGGCGGCCCCAGAGGCCAGCAGAACCUUCGGCAGGUCUGUCAGUACAGGUCGACUGUCUGAUCAACCAAUCAGGAUCACUCUGGGCGGACAGGCCUACCAGGGCAGCACUGACAGCCUGAACGCUGAGCGACCCAUGGACACAGCCCCUAGCAUGGCUCAAGGAGGGUCAGCCAGUCCCCGUACUGUCCUCUUCACCGUGGGCUCUCCGCCCAGCAGCAGCACGCCUCCGACCUGCAGCCACCUGGGUGCCAGACCUCGCACCACCUCUGUGGGCUCCAGCAGUUCGGCGGGCUCGUUGUGCUCCACCAGCGGUCGGGUAUGUGUGGGGUCUCCCCCAGGCAUGGCCAUGGGUUCCUCUCCACCAGGGAGUCUAGGUAUUGGGCAAGGUGUUCUAGGAGCAGAUGGAGGACCCAGCAGCCUGCGCUACAUUCCCUAUGGGACGUCUCCCCCCAGCAUGGAGGGGUUCAUCACUUUUGAAGCCCCAGAGCUGCCUGAGGAGACUCUGAUGGAGCGGGAGCACACAGACACCCUGAUUCACCUUCGGAUGAUGCUUUCCUUCACCGAUUGCAUUCUGGAGAUGGCGGCGCUCCGAGCUGGAGGGGCGGAGCUCGGCAUGUCUGCUGCCCCUCUCUACCCCCCUCAGGAUAGUGUGGUUGUGGACCAGAUCAGCCAGCUCAGUAAAGAGUGGGGGCAAGUGGAACAGUUGGUACUAUACAUGAAGGCAGCUCAGCUCCUUGCUUCCUCUCUCCAUCUGGCAAAGGCUCAGAUCAAAUCUGCCAAGCUGAAUCCCUCAACUGCUGUCAAACAAGUGGUCAAGAAUUUGAACGAGCGCUACAAAAGCUGUAUCGCCUUCUGUCGACACCUGACCGACAAACUCAACCACUUCUUCUCUGACAAGCAGCGCUUUGUGGACGAGAUCAACAGCGUGACUGCAGAGAAGCUCAUCUACAACCACGCCGUGGAGAUUGUUCAGUCUGCAGCUCUGGAUGAAAUGUUUAAACAAACAGAGGACAUAGCGUACCGCUACAGCAAGGCUGCCAUGCUGCUGGAUGGCCUCUCCAAGAUCCUGCAGGACCCCGCCGACACUGAGAACGUGCUGAAAUAUAAAGCCAGUGUGGAACGCAGGAUCUCCUCUUUGUGCUACUGUACGGUGACACUGUAUGAGUAGCAGGUGCCACCUGACCCCCAUAGCGGGACCACACCCUAAAGAGACUCUGGAACUGAGGAGCACUCUCCCAGCUUCCUGUUCCUUCCUGUAGCAGCUCAAGCACUUUUCAUUUGUUCAUUCUUUGUUUUGGAGAGAAUUUUUGUGGCCGUUCGUCAUCAAUUCGUUAUACUGACUGUGUUUAAAUAACGGCAGAGKKUUUAGUCUAAUUCUAGGGCGCUYAGUCUGUGUUGCAGACUGAGCUCUGAGUGAUGCACAUUAUUCCAACCAAAGAUGACAACAAAUCAAGCAGAAAAUGGUAAAACCAGAUGUGGACAUCAAAGCAUUCUUUUAAAGAUGAUUUUUAAUAUGAUGGGGACAUCCCAUCAGGUUGCCAUAGAAAUCCUGGAUAUCAUUGGUUUCUAGCAGGAACAAAGAGGAUUCACAGGACUCUGAGACAGUACUGUGGACUCUAAAAAGACUUGAGCUCUGGUUGGAGAAACAAAUAUGAGAUUGAAUCGGUGAUCAUUUACUCUUGUUUCAGUUUUGUGUAUUUAUUUGGAAAUUAACAGACUUCUCUGCCUUUCAAGAAAACGUCUAGUAUUACAGAUGAAGGAAAACCAUCUCAAUGGACAAAAAGGAAAAAAAACACGAGCUUCUGUUACAUGAACCGGACAGCCAUGAGAGCAAAGGAUCCUGUAGAUUUGUAAUCACUUUGUUUUAACGUUGUGUUUUAAACUCCAGCACUUUAUUAAAGAACAGGAGGAGGAGACAAUGGGAAGAAUAAUGUGAAGACGGGGUGGACGCUUUUCUCAUCACUCUUUUUAUCACCCUGAUGCAUGAUCAAUAAGUCCUCACAUAUACAUGUGUUCAAUCGGAUGAGUGGGCUGCAGUUUGCAGCCAUUUUAAGGCCUCUGACCUUUUUUCUGUUAAUAACAGCAACAUUUUGAAAGCUUUGCUUCUGACUUGUUGAUCAUGUAGCUGACAGUAAGGUGUAGUCAAGGUGGGGUUCGGUUAGGAGGGAAUGAAUCUUCUCACAUGAGCAUCCAGAUGUGUUGAGUGGAUGCAUGUCCUCCUUCAGCCAGCGCGCUGUCCACUGCAAACCCUGCUGAAGUGAAGCUGAUCUGUUGCAUUACAUCACAAGUUCCAACAAUAAGAUUAAUUUUCCUAAAGAAGACAAAAACUUAUCAAAUGCAGCUUUUUGUCUUAUCAGAACUGUAGCUCAUUUUUAAUAAAACUAAACUUGUUUGCAAACUUGUAUAUAUCUUAAUGAGCUGCAUGUCAAGGUUCCCCUUUUUGAGUGGGCCGUGUGUGUGUGUGUGAGAUCCUCCUGAGGGUGGCAAUGGCUGCUGCCUAUCAGUCAAAGAGCACAAAUCUUUAUAUGUAGAUAGAUGAAUUUCUAUUGCUUGUAUUUGUGUUUGCCAAGGGUUUGAUAAGAAGACCAGUCUUUGGCCCACCUGGCGUGUGCCGAAGACUGCAACAAAACUCAUGGCAGCUCCAAUCUUUCUACCGGGACUGCUUGUUGUUGAGAUCACAUUCUUUAGCUCAUUUAGAACACGACCCGUCCAUCAUUUCCUCCCACUCUGGAUUCAGAGUUUUCUCAUGCGUCCCCCUGCCUCCCUCUGAAGUCAUGUGCUGCGUUCCAAACACUGUAUGUAUUGUAUGUGAGAGCUGCCAGGUGUUCAUUAAGGUCAGUAGUAUCUAAAUAGAGCAGGAGGUGCCUUCAUCUCCUGAAAGCAGACACAGGCCUACUCCUGUGCAGGUGUGAACAUGUUUAUCUGUGUAAAAAGAAAAACUGAGGAGUUUCAGGACCUAUAUUCCAGAGGUUAUGUUCUUUAUCUAAACAUAUCCCUGUUUGAGUUAUUCCCUCCUCUUUGCCAUGACCUCUGAUCAACAUGAAGCCUUUUACUGCACACAAACUAAAGAGGGAACUGAUGAGGUGGGAGGGGGGUGGGGGGGAACCACAAUCUUUGUAUAGUUUUGGACUGUAUUAAAACAUGGAGCGUUUUAGAUGAAGCAUGGGUACCAACUCUGUAUCUGACCCUGUAGAACCUCUAGAAUGUUGAAUGUAUCUACCCUGUUGUUUUGCACCUCUCCAGCUUGAACUGAAUGCCUAUUGAAGUCGGUCACAACUGUUAUUAGACUGUCUGAGCACCAGUUUUGCAAAGUGAAAUGUUAACGUUCUACUCGUUUGAUUCAAAGCAGAGUCUCCCUUUGUUGAUGGAACUCAAAUACAGUCUUUGUAAUUAAAAGAAAUCAAAAUGUG